UGCAAUUCGUUCUCAUUGCGCAAAGUUGUUAUCAUUUCUAACGGGAACAACUGCGAUCUCAUCGUCCGAAAAUAUGAGGACUACUUCUUUGGCGAUGUUGGCGGCCCUCGCUACGACUGCACUAGCUGGCUCCCAGAAGAGCGUCCCGACUUCCGUAUCCGACGUGCCUGAGUUUGAGAUCACCAAGCUGUAUUCCAUAGACAACACGCAGCAAGGCGCAGGCUCACUCAAUUUCGGCUUCACCGUUUGGGACCCGGCCCCAAAUGUCACAACGAACUGUCACUGGACAUGGCAGCACAGCGCCGACCAGAGUCUUGAAGGCGAGACCCAUUCUUGUGACAACAAGAAUUUCCUGUGGCAGUUCUCUUCCUACACCGACCUCCAGAAGUACACACUGCGCAUCCUAGACAGGAAAUCGUACUACCAACCUGGUCUGCCCAACCCCUGGGGGACGACAGUCGCUUUGGCUUCCAUCAAUUCUACCGUCCUCACGUGUAACAAAUUGGGGCCCACGGGCGUCUAUUGCCGUCAGAAGGCCGAUGCUGAGUUUUGGGCGCCCACAGCGCGCUCGUGGUAAUCUGACUGUUUCCAAGAAACAGCUCUGUCAGGAAGCGCUGAUGACUUGUGGCGCGUGCCGAGGCCGACCGUCGCCCUUCAACCCAGUAACCAUCAUGGCGAGAUGCUGACCGUCAGGCGAGGAAUCUGCCAGCAUCGCAAUCGCAGCUGAAGGAUUCUCUGGGCGCGAAUUUGCGGCUGCCUGGAAGUGGCGCAUCCAUUCAUGGAUUUUGCAUGGAUGCCCAGUGGUUGUCCUUCAGGAUGUCAACGUAGUGCCCAGGCUGUACGCGUACGCGUCAAGUGGCCAAAUGUGAAAGUGAGUGUACCUGAGUCAUCAUCAGCC